GAACAUUUUUUGCAUUUCCUUUUAUUGGUAUGAAAUUUAUGAAAGGGACGUAGUUGAAAUACAAAGAUGGAGCUAAACUAAUCUUAAGACAAUAAUCAGUGCUUUCCUGUAAGGAGAAGAAAAGCAGUACCUUCAUAUUUUUAGAAUCGCAGUCAACUUGUUUUCAAAAAAAAAAAAAAAAAAAAAAAAAGAAAGAAAAAUCCUCAUUAUGAAGAAUCCUGUACUUUCCUGCGGCUUUGUUGUACAAGAAGAACUUGUGCCUUUAGAUUUGUGUGAAUCGAAAAACUUGCACCAAUUGCCUUUGUAGUUGAUUUAAAGAAUUUUGUGAAAACAAAGAAUAAGAGCAGAUUCCAAGUUGAUUCUGUAUCUGUUGUGUAUUGGGAAUAUUAUGACGAAGACCGGCAGAUAUUUGAGGAAGAAAUAUUUAUAAAAUACGAAAGAUAGAUAUUUCUAGAAUGAAUCAAAUUAGUUAGAAUUCAAAAAUAUUUAAAACUAUGGCGGGGCAUGUGCCGUUGUGCAGACAUUGAAGAAGCAAAAAGAAUUUUUAACAAGAUUUAUGCAGCACUUGAAAAUUCCGUUGCUUUUUCUCAUCUUCGAUUUGAUAGAAACAGUAUGCUUGUCUGUUGAGAUGAUCCUCUUUGUUUACAAUAUGGAUGGUGUGAGAAACUUGUCUUUCUUAAAAUUUUUAUUACUAAUGAGGAAAACACAAAAUAUUUUUCAGAGUUUAAGGUCAAAUUCUUGGGAUAUCAUCACUGAAACAAACUUAAUAAGCCAGUUUUUUAAUAAUGAACAGUAUGCAUCAAUACCAACAUUAUUAAGAUAUGGACUGCAAUGGAAAAUUUGCGAAAGCGUGUAUGAUGAGUAUUGUAAAGCCAUGAAAUUUACAUGGGCUGCGGACGUACAUGGCAGCAGUUAUGAAGUAUCGACUGAUAGAAACAAGCAUCGGAUGUUCUUAAUUCUUCAGGCAUAUUUCAUCAUUAAUAAGGAAAUAGAAACUCCGCACAAAAUGAAAGCUCUUGCUUUUCUGUGGCGAUCCUUACCAGAUGCUGUAAUUAGCAGAGAUGAAAUGAUCACUUCUUUGAAAAAAUUUACGAAUUUAAACGAGGGAUCAUUUCAAAUUUGCAGAACUUCUAUUUGGUGGGAAACUGACCAUCCCCCUGAACCUAGGUCGUUAAAGCAUUUGUCUAGGUGCUCAAUAAGGCAAGCACUGAUCAACAACAACAGCAAAUUGCCUUAUGAUAUCUUAAUCCUAGGUUUGACUUGUUCUUUAAUAUCGUAUAUUAAUUUAGAGGAAUGAAAAAGAAAAUGCCACAAAAGAAUCCCCUCCCCCCCCAAAAAAGUGUAUUAUUUUUCUUUCUUGGCAAUAGUUCUUUACUGGUUAAUUUAAACUGUAGCAGAAUUUUUUUAAAACUUUUUUUUUAAUCUUGAGUAUUGAUUUGCAUGAAACAAUGAAAUGAUAUUUUCUAACUCAAUUUUUAAUCAUUAUAUCUGUUAAUUUUAAUUAUUAUG